ACAGAAACCCUGUCCAAUAUGAAGAAAACCCGAGAACGAUUCUGCAACAAAGAAAGGGAAUUCGUGUAUAAAUUCAGAGUGGGACGGGAGUGUUUGGAACUGCGAGUACCUCUCACAUUUCCCGUUCAGGAGAACACCAGUCACCUGCACGGACGCCUGAUGCUACUGCACGCUCUUCCUUGCUUCAUCGAGCGCGAUCUGGAAGCAGCUCUGAGGCAGUUCAUAGAGGAAGAAUCGCUCCAGGACUACGACACGGAGGCUGAAGCCUCCCUGGAGGCUGUGAAGUCAGGGGAGGUCGAUCUCCACCAGCUGGCGAACACCUGGGCCAAAGCUUAUGCCGAGACCACCCUGGAACACGCCAGGCCCGAAGAGGCCAGCUGGGAUGAAGACUUCGCAGAUGUGUACCACGACCUCAUCCACUCGCCCGCCUCGGAAACGCUCCUGAACCUGGAACACAACUACUUCGUUAGCAUCUCAGAGCUGAUUGGGGAACGAGACGUGGAACUGAAGAAAUUACGGGAGAGGCAAGGUGUGGAAAUGGGAAGAGUGAUGCAGGAACUGGGAAAAUCUCUCACAGAUCAAGAUGUCAACUCGCUGGCCGCUCAGCAUUUCGAGUGCCAGCAGGACUUAGAGAAUAAGUGGUCCAAUGAAUUGAAACAGUCAACAGCCAUCCAAAAGCAAGAGUAUCAGGAGUGGGUGAUAAAGCUUCACCAAGACCUGAAGAACCCCAACAACAGCUCCCUCAGCGAGGAAAUUAAAGUUCAGCCAAGUCAGUUGGGGGAGUCCGUGGAAGCCAUGGGAAGGAUCUAUGAAGAGCAGAGGAAGCUGGAGGAAAGCUUCACAAUCCACUUAGGAGCCCAGCUCAAAACCAUGCACAACCUGAGGCUGCUGAGGGCUGAUGUGCUGGACUUUUGCAAGCACAAGAGAAACCACCGCAGCGGCGUGAAGCUACACCGGCUGCAGACGGCCCUGUCGCUCUACUCCACCGCGCUCUGCGGCCUGGUGCUGCUGGUGGACAACCGCAUCAACUCCUACAGCGGCAUCAAAAGAGAUUUUGCCACAGUGUGCCAGGAGUGCACUGACUUCCAUUUCCCGAGGAUUGAAGAGCAGCUGGAGGUGGUCCAGCAGGUGGCGCUCUACGCAAGGACCCAGCGCCGCAGCAAGUCCCGGGAGCCUCGGGAUUCUGGAAGCCAAAAUGGAGGAGGUGAAGAGAAAUGUAAGAAUGCAGAGAGAAACUACCUAAAUAUUCAACCUGGAGAGUUUUACAUCACGCGGCAUUCAAACCUCUCGGAGAUCCACGUCGCCUUCCACCUCUGCGUGGACGACAAUGUCAAGUCGGGAAACAUCACGGCGCGGGACCCUGCCAUCAUGGGGCUCCGGAACAUCCUCAAGGUGUGCUGCACCCACGACAUCACGACCAUCAGCCUCCCGCUGCUGCUGGUGCACGACAUGUCGGAGGAAAUGACCAUACCGUGGUGCCUGCGGAGAGCAGAGCUGGUGUUUAAGUGUGUCAAAGGUUUCAUGAUGGAGAUGGCGUCCUGGGACGGGGGAAUUUCCAGGACAGUGCAGUUUCUGGUGCCGCAGAGCAUUUCUGAAGAAAUGUUCUACCAGCUGAGUAGCAUGCUCCCACAGAUCUUCCGAGUCUCAUCAACCCUCACACUGACAUCCAAGCACUGAGCCCUGCUACUGUCCCUCUGGCAGCGAGAUUGCCCAACUCUCCAGGAACUCCAGUUAUGCCGCAGCCCUGUCAAGCAGAAAGAUGCCCGGAGGGCCUGCCACCCAACCCACAAAUCAAAUCAUGACGCACAUGUGCUAAAAUCUUAACCCUCUGAGCCAUCUGGGUCAUCAGCCCCGACCCGAUACACUUACUCUGAAAGCUUCUACAAGAAGGAGUAGCUCUCCAGGUACUUUUAUUGCCAAAUGUUAACAAGUUAAAACUUUCCAUGCAUCGCAGGCCGAUACUUCCUACAGGAGACUUUACGCAACAUUUUUCGUGAAAACCUUUGACAUUUCCCAAGGAAUUGGAUAUCAGGUUUCAGCCUUCGUGAACAUACGUGUCCAAUCUCCCUCCUGAUUUUUAAUGCGAGCUCCAACUUAAAAAGCACCAAGAGAUCGCUCGCAACUAGAGAUUUCUUCUGGUGAGAAAAAUUCUUGUCGCAAUACAAAUCUAGAAGCUGGGCACGUCUGGUCUUUUCAAUCCUACUGCCUGAUUUUUGUUUGCUCAUUUUUUUUUCCAAUCUACUCUUUCGAAGGUUGUGGAAGUUAAGAGUCCAAA